GUGUUGACAGAAAGAAGGGGAGGCAGGGGUGGAGGGCGCAGAGCCAAGGACUGGGGGGCGACUUAGGCCCUAGAGAUGAGAGAAGGCCUUUUCCUCACCAUAAGCCCCCUCCACUCAUGCAGCUGGAACAGUCUUCCCAAGUCUCUGUGGGGGCAAGAAAGCUCUAAAGAGCUGUUUGGGUGGGAAAAGAGGAUGGAGGAAGUUGACAUGGAUGGGCGGGGCCCGUGGGGGGGCUGACCAGGAACCCAGCUUCCUGCUCAGUACCCAGACAUCCAGCCCCCAGCUUACCCCCACCCCUUCCAGCCCUUACUCCCCUCAGAAACCUGUUCCAGCCCUCUUCCCAAAUCCCAGCACCCCUCCCCCCUCAGUUUCUCCCCUCCAGGGGAUGGAGGCCGGGAGACCCCAAGAAGAAGAGGAUGGUGAGCAGGGCUCCCCUCAGGAUGAGCAAGGCUGGCCCCCUCCAAACUCCACCACUCGUCCUUGGCGAUCUGCUCCUCCAUCUCCUCCCCCUCCGGGGACCCGACACACAGCCCUGGGCCCCCGCUCGGCCUCCCUGCUCUCCCUGCAGACUGAGCUCCUUCUAGACCUGGUGGCUGAGGCCCAGUCCCGCCGCCUAGAGGAGCAGAGGGCCUCUUUCCAUGCCCCACAGAGCCCCCCAAGCCUAGCCCCUGCCCCUCUCCGGCCUCUUGAGGACAAAGAACAGCUCUACAGUACCAUUCUUAGUCACCAGUGCCAGCGGAUGGAAACCCAGCGGUCAGAGCCUCCCCUCCCCCCAGGGGGCCAGGAGCUCCUGGAGUUGCUGUUGAAAGUUCAGGGUGGGGGUCGAAUGGAGGAGCAAAGAUCUCGGCCCCCCACACACAUCUGCUAAGACUUGAGCCCCCAACCAGCCCCUUCUCACUCCUGGAGUUCAAAGCUGGGCAGCCCACUGCACGCCCUGAACCCUUCUUUGGCAGGGGUACUGGAGACUGGAAAACACAGCAGAAAGUUCAGUAUCUAUCACCCUCUGCACCCUCCCUGAGAACUGGAGGGGGUGAAAGUGCUCGAACUCUAGGAAUAAAUAAAGCACCUAAUACAUGGGCACUUGAGGCAGUAAGAGGAUCCGUGGCACCCAUCUCAGGGAGUGGCUAGGAGUCCCUGUCCUGAACUGUGAGGACACCAGCGGUAGUCAGGUUACCAGGCAAGGUCUGAGGACUCAGGCCUUCACCUCCCAAGAAAAGGCAAGUCUCCCAAGGUUAUGACCUGAUUCAGAAACAGCUGUCAGUAAGAAGAAAGAGAAGAUGGGGGGCACAGCCAAGAAAGAUUAAGACUAUUCUCCCCCUCCUACUCUAACCGACCCAACCUCCUAUUCCCUACACGGAGGGCCCUACAGGCUGUGAAUGACCUUUAAUCCUGCCCAUUGUCCCUCUCCACUGCUGCUCUGAGUCUGUCUGAUAUUUUGGUAGUAUGAAUAAAUGUAAUUCGCCUCUGGA